CAUUUUGGCCCCUUCCGGUCCGUCUCCGGACCUCACCGUUAUCCCACCUUACUUCUUUGGCCAAUAUCGCCAGGGCCACUUGGCCCUGUAUUAGUGUAUUCUCUGGUCCUAGAUAUAAACGAAACGAAAAAGGAAUGACAGCAAAGAGGACAACCACUAUUCUCCCCAGUCCAAAAGGAGCAGGAGAAACCCUGUGUUUCAGGAGUCUCAGGAUGCAGAGACAGUACCUGUAAUGAUAAAUAAUAAGGAAGACCAACUAAGAGGAACCAAAGUGUGUGUGUCGUCAAGCAAUGAUAGUGACAGGAGCAGCAGCAGCGUUAAUAUCCCAGAGAGAGUAACUGGACCAGAAAGUGGCUUAAACCAGGUGGUUGCUGACCCCAACAUGAGUACCCCUCAGUCCUUAUAUGAGGAGUACGCACUAUACCAAGGUCCUUACUCCCACAUUAACCGGAUCUUAAAGGAGGCACACUUCAACAGCCUGCGGCAGCGAGGACAGUGUCCAACAUGAUGAACUAGGAGCUCCUCAUUCCAACCUAAAAUUUGUUUAUAAAGGCAA